UCACUCAAUCCGACCAAAGUUUUACAAAACAAAUUCUUAACCAAGCUAUGUCUCCUUCAAACUCCUCCUCCUCACCCGAGACUGAUCAGAGACUCAAUGAUAUUGUUGUGGCCGUGCAGGAGAAGAGUACAAUGACCAAUCCAAAACAAGUGUCUCCUCAAGAGGUCGUGCCUGACGUGAACAAUCCUAAACAAGUGUCUCCUCAAGAGGUCGUGCCUGAAGUGAACAAUCCAAAACAAGUGUCUCCUCAAGAGGCUGUGCCUGGCCUGAACAAUCCGAAACAAGUGUCUCCUCAAGAGAUUGUACCUGAAGUGAACAAUCUGAAACAAGCGUCUCCUCAAGAGGUUGUGCAUGAAAUGAACAAUCCAAAACAAGUGUCUCCCGAAGAGGUUGUGUCUCAAGUGAACAGUCUGAAACAAGUGUCUCCUCAAGAGGUUGUGCCAGACCCGAACAAUCCGAAACAAGGGCUUCCUCAAGAGGUUGUGCCUGAAACUGAAAGCAAGAAAACUCAGAGGGCAAGUUUCGAGUUACGUGUUCUCCGAGCAAUAAACAAAUUGAUAAAAAAAUAUCCAUCGUUGGAUAAUCAUGCCCUUAUUUGCAACAUCUGCAAGAGAGGGUUCCCCAACGCUAACUCCCUAUGCGCUCACCAAAAGACCCACAAGCAUGACCUAGAGCUGGAAAGAAAGCUGAAGCAGGUGGAGCCAAUCUAUUCUCCUCCUGGUCCUGGACAAUGCUUUUGGAAGAAACAUGAUAACUCUUACCAAGGUACGUCUAACGCUUUGUCAAAUGAUAAGCAUCUUGAGAUCUCUCGUGAGUCCAUAGGAGGAGAGGGUAGUAGCGUCAGAAAAAUGGACAUUGGCGAGGUCAUAGGUUAUCCUUCGCCUCCUCCAUACGGGAAUACUAACUAUGGUUUUUCUUCAGGGGCUCCCUUAGUCACUCACAACUAUAACCGCCCUAAUUUAUCAGAUCUCAACCGUAGUGGUUUCUCUUUUGGUCCUUUUAAGCCUAAUGGAGGCGGUAACUACCCAUACCCUCCUUUCACAAUGAACCCGAGCUAUGGCUCACAUGAUUCAAAAAUUAUGAAUUCUAUUUCUCAACCUAAUACCUUAGGGAGCUGUAGCAACAACAACAACAAUAACAGUAGCUCACAAGGUGCAAUAUCACUUGAGCUCUCUCUUGGUCCAUCUAAGUGGAUGGGAGGCAGCAACAAUAACAGCAGCUCGUUGAAUGGUGGAGUCACUGGAGGAGGAAGCAUGGACUUGAACAUGCCAGUGCGUCCUCUUGUGUCUCGAAAUCAUUUUUACAGCAGUUACCCGCUUGAUUCGUUCACUGGAAACGUUCCUCCUCCUCCUCCUCCUUCUCCAGCUACCAGUCUUUCUAAUGAUGAGAAUGUUCCGGGCUCUAGUCUCAUCUCAAAGGAGAAAAACAAAGCCAUGGUGGUUGAUGAUGAUGAAACGGAUAACGGGGUGACUGGAGGUCAUGAUGCGGAUAAGCCGGCAGAAGUUUAA